GUUCACCUUUUUACCCUUCUGUUAACGACCUAGUCUUUCAGCCCCAGUUUGAAAUCCCGAGGUAACGAAUAGAGAGAACUUCUGCUUAGAGAGAGAAGCUCUGGUUCUGGUGCGAUAGAGAGAGAAGCUCGCAAUGGAGAGAGAAAGAAGCAAUGUCGCUUUGGAUUUCAACAAUGUCGCUGCAGCUCGGUUUGAAACGAUUUCAAUUCCGUUUCUUCGAUUUUUUUUUUUUUUUUUUGUAUCCUUGUUUGCUAUUCAUCUCGAUUGAGUCUGAGGCUGAUUUUUUGAAUAUGAGUUUUGUUUUCCUGUACUUUUUUUAUUUCCGACUUAUUGCGUUAAUUUUGGUCUGUGUUUCGUGAAUUUCAUCUUUGUUUUGGUUCGAUUUGCUAUUUUUCAUGCUUAUAAGUUUGUUGUGCUAAGUUUUAAUCUGUUUCGGUGUGGUAAGUUUGUUGUGAUUCUGUUUUGAAACGGUUCAAUGUAUUCUGGUAUUUGUUAAUCGUCUAUUGCCAGUCAAUAUUGGUUUACAUAGCUGCUUUUCUUCUUUUUUUUGGAUGAAUUGUUGUUCACGGUGUUGAUAAUGAUGUGAUUUGGUAGCUUCUGACAUGAUUUUGGUCUUUGUGAACCGUAUAUUGCCCCCCAGUAGACCCAUAUUGGGGGUCAAUAGAGGAUUGAAAAAGCUGCUUUUCUUCUUUUUUGAUACUCUUAGUUGUUACUGAAGUUCAGUAGUACGUGUUUAGUAACUUGUUUCGGUUUUGAAAAGACAUUUUAUCUGAGUCCCAUCUAUUGGGGGUCAGUAUGUGUCUAUUGGGGGGCAAUAGUGAUUUGAUUUUUUAUUUUUUUUAUUUAUUAUUUUUGUUUUUUUAUAUACAGGACUAUGGAUGCUUCCUUAGCUGUUAAGUGCACUCAUUCUGGACAAAGUUUCAUGUUUUGUAUUAAUCAAUAUAUGAGCUAUGCUCAUUUGUUUGAAUACAUUUGUGAACGGUUCAAGUUUUCUGCAACUGAUGAUAUUGAGCUUCAUUAUUCGCUUCCUGGAUGCGCUAUUUUUUUUCUUCGCAAUGAUGAUGAUUUCAAGAUGCUGUUUAGCGGUGCCAAGAUUUACAAGUUGGAUUGUGUUGAUAUUAUGGUGUUGAAGAAUAGUGUAAUUUGCAGCAAAAAAGCUUCUGUUUCAUUUGAAGAUAGCUGCUCUGGUAUUGUGGAUGAAGAUGAUUACCUCACUGAGGCAUUUAGGACUGAAGUUCAAAAGUCUUACUUGUCAAAUGAGUGGGCUAGUUACAUUCAAUGUGUAGGGCAGAAAUUUCGUGGCGGUUCCCCCGAGUUUCGAGACAAGCUCAGAAAGUAUGCUAUUGAAGUUGGGUUCAGCUUUGUAUUUAUUAGAAAUGACUGGGACAGAAUUCAUGCAGUUUGUUCGAAUUGGGGAACCGAAGGAUGUGAGUGGAAUGUCCAUGGUUAUGUUUUGCCUGCAAAUGGUUGCUUUAUUAUUGGUGAGUUGGACAAUGUCCACUCUUGCAAAGGUGUUCUUCGAAAACAAAAACAUGAGCUUUUGGGAUCGAAAAUUGUCAAGUCAUGUAUUGAAGAGGACAUUAGCUAUAACUUGUCAUUGAAGCCAAGGGAAAUUAUCAGCAAGUUCAAGUCAGCUUAUGGGUUUGAUAUAUCAUACAAGGUUGCUUGGAAAGCAAAGCAGAAGGCUAGGGAAAUGAUUUAUGGUUCUGAGGCUGAUUCGUUUAACAUGUUAACAUGGUAUAGGGAAGCUGUAUUUGAGACGAACCCGGGAUCUUCUUUUGUUUUGGAAGUUGAUUCAUCGAGUAAUCGGUUCCAGAGGCUUUUCCUAGCUUAUGCGGGCUGUGUUCGUGGCUUUGAAUUCUGUCUUCCCAUCUUGUAUGUCGAUGGGACUUUUGGGAAGAGUGUCUACAAGGGGCAGAUACUUUGUGCAACCGGAAAGAAUGGAAAUCAUGGUUUCUUUCCUCUUGCAAUGUGUGUCUGUGAUUCUGAGACUGAUGCUAAUUGGUCCUUUUUCUUCCAACACUUGAAGAACUUGCUGGAACCUCAAGGUAGAAAGAUCACUUUUAUUAGUGAUCGUGGUGUUGGACUGUUGAGUGCUUUCGACAAGAUAUUUCCUGGUAAUCCUCAUCUUUUCUGUUACAAGCACUUGGUGCAUAACCUUAUGACUAAAUACAACGGUAAAGGCUCUUCUGUUUUGAAAGAUGAUGUUAAAAAGAAGUUUUUUGAGUUGGCAUAUUCAUGCACUGAAAAGGAAUAUCGUUUUCAUUUGAGAGAGUUGAGAGAAGCUGGUGGUGCUGAUAUUAUAGAUCCGUUUCUUGCUGAUCUGCCUGUUCAAAAUUGGUGCCGUGCAUUUUUCCCUGGAUGCCGUUAUGGAAUUAUGGCUAAUAGUAUAGCUGAAUCUUUUAAUGCUUGGUUUGCUGUUGAACGGGAGAUGCCAGUGUACACUAUGCUUGAUCAGACUCGGAUUAGGGUGAUGCAGAUGAUGGGUGAGAGGAGAGACGAGGCACAGCUUUGGACCUCGCAACUUACUCCUGUUAUGGAGGGUCGUUUGAAAGAAGGUAUGGAGAAAGCUUGCCGUUUCAAUGUGCAUUACUCCCAUACAAAUGUUUAUGAGGUUAGAUCAAAGUAUUCUUAUGUUGUGGACCUUGGAACUCCUUCGUGCUCAUGUAAAAAAUGGGAGAUUAACUGCUUCCCUUGCUGCCACGGUCUUGCUGCAAUUCAAGCUGCCUCAUUGGAUGUUUAUGCUUUUAUGGAUAAGUAUUUUUAUGUUGAUUAUUACAAGAAGUGUUAUGAUUUUCCAAUUUAUCCAAUAUCUAAUGUUGAUAUGGCUUCUUCGGAAUCUGCAAGUAAUGACUACAUACUUCCUCCAAAUGCAAAAAGGCCUCCCGGGAGGCCUAGGCUCAAGAGGUUCAAGUCUAGAGGAGAGUGUGAAAAGAAGCUCAUUCGUUGCGGCCGAUGUGGCAAAAUGGGACAGCAUAACAAGAAGACCUGCACUGAACCUAUUUGAAUUUGAAUGUAAAGCUGUCAAUUGUUUUAGCAUUCUGACUGGCUGUAUUG